AGAUGAAAAUUUUGUAAAUUUAUUAAGCCAAAGUGAGUUUCUUCAGGAUUUACUUACAAAGGCUAAUAUGAAAUGGGGACGAUAUGGGAGGAAAAAAGAAGAUAGAGAAAAAUUUGAAAAAGAGAUUAUCGUUAAAGCCAAUGAAUUUUUGGAAUCCAAAAAAACUUUUUUAAAUUGUCGACAAAGAACCAUUAAAGAGUUACAAAAUUGUUAUAAUGAAUUAGCAGGUUCUAGUGGUUAUGCCGCUAUCGAAGAAGUUGGUAGAGCUGUAAAUAGUGUGGGAGAGAUUGAACUAACUUUCGGAAUUCCUAAAGCUUUAGGAGGAUUAGUCACGGCUGUAAGCAAUUACUCUAAAAUAAGGUCUAUUACCGAAAGCAAUAAAGCAUUUCAAGAAUAUCUAAUAUAUGAUAAUAAUAAUAUCUUACCUUCUUUUAACGAAGUUUAUGCAUCUUUGCUCAAGCUUAUUCAAGAAAAUGAAGAUUUAGAAAUUUGUUCUAGAGUUAAGAAUGCUCUGGAAUUACAAAACGGAAAAGUUGAGUUAUUUAAUGCUAACUAUAAAGUCUUCAAGAGUCAAAGGCUUAUUUUCCCAAAUAUCUGUAUCAAUGUCGAAGAGAUGGAGAAUACAAUUUUAUUGUUGAGCAAAAAUCUUAAGGAAUUAAAGGUAGAGUUAGAAACGCAAAAAGAAAAUUUCGGAAAAAUUCAAGCUCAGGUUCAACUUAUCCAGCAAAUGGAAACAUUAGUUAAGACGUUUAGAGACGAGUUAAAGAGUAAAAGUAAAUUUUCUAAUAAGUGUAAACAAAGAAAUAGUGAACUACGUCAACUCUUUACAAAUCUUCCUUCUACUUCUAAGGAAUUUAGUAAUGAGUUGGAAAAAAUAAAACGUGGAUUAAGCAAAAAAGAGUUAAUUGAGCAAAAAAUCGAAGAGCUUUAUCAAACCAAUGACAAGUUAAGACAAUUAAACAUGAAUACGAUCAUUUUUAUUUAACUAUAUCAUAUUUAUAAUUAGAUUUUGAUUAGUUAAUCAACUUAACGACCUCGUUAUCUCAGUUUUAUUUU